AUGGCCAGCCCAACACCGAUUGGAUCGUCCUCGCUCCAAGCAGUAGCUCCCUCGUCCUCAACCGUGCAUCGCCCUUCUCCGCUGUCGGCGCAAGUGUCGUCGUCGCCGUCGUCGCUCAUGUCGUCGUCUCCGCAAGAGCAAGAGGAGAUGGCCGAGCUCGAGCGGUAUCGGCAGCAGGCGCUCAUUGAUCAGAUGCAUCAGACCCAUCUUGGAGGCAGGUCAUCUUCGGCUGCUGGAGCUGUAGGCGGCGGGGCGUCGUUCGAGCCGUUCGUCGGGUCCAGGGUCGGCAGUCCGAUUCCCGACACUAAUGGUCUUGGAUGGCCAGGUCAGUGAACUCAAUACACUUUUUCGAAUUUCGGAACGUGACUCACAGCCUCACGCCUGCCUCGGAAUCCAUACCUUGCAUUCGUUCAAAAUCUGUCGCACGUGGGGCUCUCUUACGGGGUACUCCUCGACUACUCCAGGCAAAGGCACACUGGCUCGCAUCAACUCAACACCCGCCGAGACACUGGCAAGGGAGCAGAAACUCGCUGACGCCGUCAGGACCUUGCUCGAGUGCAUCGGCGAGGAUCCCGACCGGGAGGGGCUGAAAAAGACCCCUGAGCGGUACGCCAAAGCACUCCUGUGGAUGACCAAAGGCUAUGCCGAACGACUCCCCGGUGAGUCGAUACCUCGAAUCUGGCUCGUAUCAAAGAUACUCGUUAGCCUGAUCAGAGUCGUGCCCCCUUUUUUUUGUGCUCAGACGUGAUCGGAAAUGCGAUCUUCGCCGAGGAUCACGAAGAAAUGGUCAUCGUGCGAGACAUCGACGUCUACUCCCUCUGCGAGCACCACAUGGUCCCUUUUGUUGGCAAAGUAAGAUCAGAAGCUGACAGUCACGGCAGAUUUCGGUCGCUGACUGGUCCCGUCCUCUGCUCAGGUCUCGAUCGGCUACAUCCCCAACAAGUUCGUUCUAGGUCUCUCGAAGCUGGCUCGAAUCGCCGAGACCUUCUCGAGAAGGCUUCAAGUGCAAGAGCGGCUGACGAAGCAGAUCGCCAUGGCUAUUGAUGAAGCGAUCAGGCCGAUGGGUGUCGCAGUUGUGAUCGAAGCGACGUAAGUGGAGGCCCACCUCACAUCUUCCGCCCGAACCGGAGCGGAAUGAUCACAUAGCUGAAAACAAUCUCUUGCUUCUUUCUCAUAGACAUCAAUGUAUGACGAUGAGGGGUGUCCAAAAGCCUGGGGCGGCGACAAUUACCUCGGCGAUGCUAGGCGCGUUUCGAAGAUCUGACAAGACGAGGGCCGAGUUCUUGUCCUUGAUCCGAUCACACAGAGCGACAUGA